GUGCGCGCUGUGCCAGGCUGGGCGCCUGGCUCCCCGGGGCUCCCCAAGAUGCUGUUCUGGCACACGCAGCCCGAGCACUACAACCAGCACUCCACCGGCAGCUACCUGCGUGAUGUCCUUGCACUGCCGAUCUUCAAACAGGAGGAGCCCCAGCUGUCUCCUGAGAAUGACACCAAACUGCCUCCGUUUCAGUAUGUUCUCUGCACAGCCACAUCCCCUGCUGUAAAGCUGCAUGAAGAAACCCUUACCUAUCUCAACCAAGGUCAGUCUUAUGAAAUCCGUCUACUUGAGAAUAGGAAAUUGGGAGAGUUUCAAGAUUUAAACACAAAAUAUGUAAAGAGCAUCCUUCGGGUGGUUUUCCAUGAUCGGCGUCUGCAAUACACAGAACACCAGCAGCUGGAGGGCUGGAGAUGGAGCCGGCCUGGGGACCGCAUCCUUGAUAUAGAUAUCCCACUGUCAGUCGGUAUCUUAGAUCCCAGGGCCAGCCCGACCCAGCUAAACACUGUUGAAUUUCUGUGGGAUCCGUCCAAAAGAGCAUCUGCAUUCAUUCAGGUACAUUGCAUCAGUACAGAAUUUACGCCAAGGAAACAUGGUGGAGAGAAAGGGGUGCCCUUCAGGAUACAAAUCGACACAUUUAAACAGAAUGAGAAUGGCGAAUAUACCGAACACUUGCAUUCUGCAAGCUGCCAGAUCAAAGUGUUCAAGCCUAAGGGAGCUGACAGAAAGCAGAAAACUGACAGAGAGAAAAUGGAGAAGAAGACUGCCCAAGAGAAGGAGAAAUACCAGCCCUCCUAUGAUACGACCAUUCUCACAGAGUGUUCUCCAUGGCCAGAUUUGCCUUAUCAAGUGAACAACGCUCCAUCUCCAAGUUACAACAGUUCUCCAAACAGCUUCAGCCUUGGAGAUGGCAACAGUUCUCCAACCCACCAAGUGGAGCUCCUGCCUCCCAGCAACGAUCACCUCCUUCCCUCUGCUUCUAUUCAAGAUGUCCAGCAGUGGCUUCAUCGUAAUAGGUUUUCUCCAUUCUGUAGACUCUUCUCAAGUUUCUCGGGUGCUGACUUACUGAAGAUGUCCAAAGAAGAUUUUGUUCAGAUCUGUGGGCCUGCUGAUGGAAUUCGGCUCUUUAAUGCAAUCAAAGGAAGAAACGUAAGGCCUAAAAUGACAAUUUAUGUCUGUCAAGAACCAGAGCAGAACAGGUCUCAUCUGCACCAAAAACGAGAGAAUGGAGAUGGUAAUCUGUGUGUAUAUCAUGCAGUCUUCUUGGAAGAGCUGACAACCCUGGAAUUAAUUGAGAAGAUUGCAAACUUGUAUAGCAUUUCCCCACAGCAGAUAAAUCGGAUCUAUCGGCAAGGACCUACAGGGAUCCAUGUAUUAGUGAGCAAUGAGAUGGUGCAAAACUUCCAGGAUGAGUCUUGUUUUGUUAUCAGCACAUUAAAAGCUGAAAGCAACGAUGGCUACCACAUCAUUUUAAAAUGACCACUCGGCCUAGCAGGACUGUAACAGCCUAAAACUACAAUGCCUCACCAAGAUUGCUGCAACCCAGACUGGAAACAUGAAGAUCCAUUUGGAUAAAGCGCCCCCUUGAACUGAAAAAUACCAAAGGUCUUAAGGAAAAACAAACUUCGUAGACAAGUGGUUUUCUGAGAAUGGAGAUGAGAAUAUCUUCAGAGCGUCUGUGUAUUUUUCUACCCCUUCCCUCCUAUUUAGGCUUUUAAAUUGUUGAGGGUCCUGCUUAUUGCUCAGAUACAUCUGCCUUUUUCUAAAGGGAAAUGCAAAACGAAAAGCAAUUCUCAUGGCUGGAACUGGUUUAUCUACAGUGCCUUCUGAGUACUCUUGCGUUCAGCACCAGUCUCAUCUCAGAUACAAGCUCUUAUCCUCUUUCUAGACAGAGGACUAUGGGUGGGAUCCACGAACGGGCGUAGGUGUAACAACAUUGAGUGUCAUAGUGCCUAGAAAAUCCCUGGAACAACAUUGCGAGCCACAAAGCCAAUUUAGACACCUUGGCUCCCUGUACAAUGAAUGGGGAGAGAUAGGCACCUUUGACUGCGAUCCACAAAGUCAACACGCUGCAUGGAGGCACCUAUCUUGGCUAGUGAUCCACAAACUGGAGGAACACAGGUGUUUGGCUGCCCGUGUGGGACCCAAAACAUAACAGCUGUGGGGAGGGGAGAAAGACCUUCCUUAUCGUUAGCCUGGUGGAUAGGGUACACUCACAGGAUGUGGGAGAUCCCCAGUGCAAGUGUCCCCCCUCAUCCUGAGGGGUAGAAACAUGGAAGAUCCCUGUUCAGAUUCUCUCAGGUGAGGUCCCUACCCACCAGGCUGUGGAAAAUUCUGAGGUGAGGUUCCCUCAGUUUCUCCUAUUGAAGUUGUUCCAUUGUUUAAUUAAAGUGGAAUCUUUAGAUGCCUAAGUCUGUUUGUUUUCUGGCCCAAUAAAUAUUUAAGUAUCUGUGUGCAUCCCGUCCUGUGUUCCUAUAACCAGUCAGUUAUGGCUGUUUGUGAUUCAUACUGCAUUGUUCUAUCUUUCCUCUUUAAAAAAACAACCAACCAACACUUUCCUCUCCUUCUCGGUGCUCCUGGUGAGCAUUUCGUCCUGCUGCCUUCCCAUUCAAUUUGACAACACAGCAGAUACUGGGCUAAUUUCCAUUUUUGGUACCCUGCUAAGCUUUCUCUAGACCUCUUCUCCAGCUGCCCUCUCUCUUUUUUCACUCAGCUGUAAGACCUGCUUUCAAAAAAAAAAAUGUUUUUUUUGUUGGUAGCUUCAUCUGUUCCACUGUUGCUACUAGAGGUGAAUGUGUAUUGUUCCAUUUUAGCAUGCUGCCAGAAGGACUCCACAUGGAUGGAAAUGUACACACAUACAAUCCAAUGAUUUUUUUUUUUUGGAGGAUGCAAAUGAGGACAAAUCAAGGGGAACAAUUCACACUAUAUAUUUUUUAGCUUAGAAUAGCUUCAGUCAAGUGCAUUGUUUUUUGAGAAUGACUUUAAAUCUCUUGACAACUUAACUCUGGAUUUAUUCCAUUCAACGAAAGUUUUUGGUAACUGAUACUUGCUGUAAAUGUUAGGUUUUAGUUGUGGUAGCUUCUGUUUUCUACAUCAGCUAUCUGCUGUAGCAAAUGCAAUCAAGUAUCAGGGGGUAGCCGUGUUAGUUUAUGCAAUCAGUUUAUUUGAAUCUAAGAUCAGGUAAGGGGGCAUUCCGAAUACUUGCUCCUCGCAUACAUCUGCUGUGUCAUUCUUGCUUCCUGUUUGCAUGCCUGUAUCUACCAUUCUCCUUUUCAUCUUUAUGGGCCUGAUCUGGCUCCCAUUGAUUUCAAUUGAUGCUGGAUCAGGCCCUUGUUGCAUUUCACUCUUUUUGGUGGCUAAUUAGGAGAGCUGAUUGAAAAUGAGAAUUUCUUUCCUGUGGGCAAUUGAGACUUUGCCAUUUGUUUUUUUUUGCCCUGAGUUGGUCUGAACAGUUGAAAUACAAAACGUUUCACAGGAUGAAAAGUUUUGAAAAACAGCCGUUUUGGAAAUGUUGAAACAAAACAUUUCAACUUGGAAGUGUCAAAACAUUGUCAAAAUGAGUUGUAGUUCAGGUGCCUCCUGCUCCACUUCUCCCCUGUGGGCUGGACUCCAGUUCCCAUGAUGCAUUGUGUAGUAGCUUAGCCAGUGGGGGUGGAGUGGGAGCUGUGUGUGGCGGCAUAGUGCAUUAUGGAAGAUGUAAUGUGGGAUGGAGUCCAGCCCACAGAGGAAAAUGGGGAUACAGGGCACUCUGGCAGAUUGAUUAAUUUCUAAUGGACACGCAAC